GUAGACAUAUCUGUUUUUUUCAUGGGUUACAUCUCAAUCCACCACAUCCGCCUAUGUCUGCCUUCCGCAUCUGUAGUGGAAAUGGCCGAGCUACAGCGAUGUUUGUCAGACCAUGAGACAUCCCAAAAAUCGGUCUUCUCACGAAAACUGCUCCAUACUCCCCAUAUUUAUGAAGGUUGUAAAUGGGUUAGUUUUACCAUAUUUUGGUGGGGGAGUUGAAAGGUCUGUGAUGAAACGUCACAACCUGUUAACUUUGAUAUCGUCAUUCUGGUUAUUCAAGUUUCCUACUUGGAACUCCUAGUGUUUUUUCCCCCCAACUCGGGAACUCGGAUCUCCAUUCGAAGGCACCAUUACUUUCAACAGUUUGCCUGUCAAUCAAUCACUGUAGGUGGGGUUGUUAGGGAAGGGGACGGAAUGUUUGGGAGUCACAGUUAGUUGGGUUUCAGAUUUAUCAAUCACUGUGGGUGUGAUUUGCAGGGAAGGGGGAUGUUUGUGAGAGGCUUUGUUGACAGGUAAAACAGUUCGAACUAGUAGGGUUUACUGAAACCAGGAUGGCCACAAUGGCAGUUGAGAUUCAACCUGAACAACACCUGCAUCAAAAUAUUUUGAGAUAUAUGUUUACUCUAUGCAGACCAGGAAAUCCAGAGGGGACCAAUUUGUCAACGUUUCAGCGCUAUCCCAACCAACCAAUAGCAUUCUCAGGACAUUAGCUAACAUUCCAAUUAGGUUCUAGCUAGAAACAUUGUAUGAAUGUCAGAACAAUAGGACAGAUGUUGUGUUUUGGGAACUGCUCUUGUAAUGUCCCCACAUGGUUCUCACAAUCUAAUGAAAUGUUUUGGGAACUUUUAAGAACACAAAUAUGGUUGUGUUCUGUUAACAUUCUUGCCACAUCAGAGGAAUAUUUUGUGUACCCGAAUACAAAUACAUUCUUUAAUCAUCAGCACAACUGGACACAUUGUGUUAUUAGAACCUUUGGGGGGAAUGUUUUUACACCUUUCCCACAACUUAAAGGAAAUGUUUUGUGAACAUUCACAGAACCUGUUUUUGUUUGCUGGGUGGGCUUUUUAAAUCCAUUGUAUUCUUCACAAAAUGAAAACACUGUAAGAGUACAUUUCCUCAGAAAUGUGUCACCUGAACAUGCAGAGCUGAUGUGAUGGGUCAGUAACCCUGUGAUCGUAAUAAUCUUCUUAGGCCCACAACAUGCUACACAACAAUGUUACCGAGGAACAAUAUACAAGUGUGUGGGUUGGGGGCCGGCUGCUAUCUUAUUUCAUGACCUCAAUAAAAGCACCACCACCUCUCUCAACACAUCCAUCUAGCUCACUUUAUCUCCUGCUCGCUCUCACUUACUAACUCAAGUUGCAUUGGAAGAUUUGAGAAAUCUUCAAACAAACACUUGACGGUUUACUGAUCUGCUGCAUGAGGUACAGUAUGUGCUUUUACUUUGACAUUAUGAAAUGUGCAGUUUCUCAUCAGUCAAACUGUCACCUGUGAGAUAAAUUAGAUAAAUAGGUUGGCAGUAUUAAAGGCUUUAUUUUACAAAUGUAAUGCCAUCAUCAGAUUAACUAAACAUUUUAAGUUGGAUGAACUCUAAUAGAUGUUUUGCUAAAAUAUGGAAUUGUGGGUUAUUUACAGAUGGCAGUUAUGUUUUUUUAUUUGGUUGAAACAAGUAUAUUAAUAUUUUACCUAGAGUCCCCCUUGACUCCUUUCCAGUUUCUGUUACGAUCCAAUGAAUGGACAAGUUAGUGGAUUCUUUCAAAUCUGCUAUGACAUACUAACUAACUAUAUAGACCAGUUAAACAGGUAAAACAAUCUCACUAAUGGUUAGAACAAAUCAACUUACUGUUUUGCUAGAUCUGGUUUAAAGCAUAAUUUUUCAGCCUCUGAAAUAAAUGUUUUAGUUGUAAACUGGCCCCUGACAAGUAAAUGGACUGAAAUAAAGUCAAAACUAUUUGCCGAAAAGGCACACAGGGUAAAAUGUUAAGUUACACUAUCAGAUAAUUAAACUGUGUUAACAAAGCAAACUGAAGUUUACUCAAUAUUGCUUUUCAAAUUCAAGUACAUUGAAAGAAAAAAACAUUGGUUUUGCGGAGUAUUCCAGCUCAACAUUUUCACAAUUUUAAGUCCAGCCAACUUGGAUAUUUAAGCAACAUAUUUUUAUUUACAGUGUAGUAAUCAUGCUUUAGAUAUUCACCACAAUGUUCAGACAUUAAAACAAAAGCCUUAUUUUCAACAUAAUAUAUUACUUACAUUUUCAAAAGUAGUGCUUCAAAACAAUAACUUUGGUAUAGUAUGCAACAUGUCAGGACACUGUAAUAGACUUUCAAAGGCUGAAAUGGAGGUGAAGCUGAAGUUGAUGAGUUCAGGAGCCAAGACGAACGUGGAACACCCUGAACCCAAGCCCCAGGACAGGGGAAAGUGGGGCAGCAAAACAGAGUUCUUAUUGGCAGCAGCUGGACACAUUGUCGGUCUGGGAAAUGUAUGGAGGUUCCCAUACCUGUGCUAUAAAAAUGGAGGAGGAGUUUUCUUUGUCCCCUAUAUUUUGUUCCUGUUCACCUGCGGUAUUCCCCUCUUCUUCCUGGAGACAUCAUUGGGCCAGUACACUAGUCAGGGUGGAAUCACUUGCUGGAGGAAAAUCUGUCCACUCUUUGAAGGCCUGGGCUAUGGAAGCCAAGUGGUGGUUUUGUACACUGGAGUGUAUUACAUCAUCAUUCUGGCUUGGGCGUUCCUAUACCUCUUCUAUUCCUUCAGUUUAGAACUCCCAUGGGCCAGUUGUAAAAACAGUUGGAACACAGACAACUGCUUUGAGCCUGGCCAAAACAGCACAAUUUCUGACCAUUCUCAUGGGAACACUACAUCCUCAGUCAUAGAAUUUUGGGAGAGAAGAAUAUUGGGCUUGUCUGAGGGAAUUGAAGAGAUUGGGAGUGUUCGCUGGGACCUAGCUCUGUGUCUUCUGCUGUCCUGGAUUAUCUGUUAUUUCUGUGUCUGGAAAGGAGUGAAGUCUACUGGGAAGGUGGUCUAUUUCACUGCCACCUUCCCCUAUGUGAUGCUGUUGGUGUUGCUAGUUCGUGGACUCACACUGCCAGGGGCCAUAGAUGGUAUCAAGUUCUACCUCUACCCAGAUCCAGCCCGCCUCACUGACCCACAGGUAUGGAUGGAUGCUGGAAGCCAGAUAUUUUACUCCUAUGGAGUUUGUACAGGGGUUUUGACAUCUUUAGGCAGCUACAACAAGUACAAUAACAACUGCUACAGGGACUGUGUGUAUCUUUGUCUACUAAACAGUGUGACUAGCUUUGUGGCUGGUUUUGCCAUUUUCUCUGUACUGGGCUUCAUGGCUUAUGAACAGGGCAUAGACAUCUCAAUGGUGGCUGAAUCAGGUCCUGGCCUGGUGUUCAUCGCCUACCCUCGUGCUGUGGCCAUGAUGCCAGUACCCCAACUCUGGGCCAUCUUCUUCUACAUCAUGAUCCUCCUACUGGGGUUAGACAGUCAGUUUGUAUAUCACGAGGCCGUGGUCACAGCGAUCUCAGACAUGUACCCCUCUUUCUUCCACGUGGGCCAUCUGCGGAAAAAACUUCUCCUGCUUGGCAUCAGUGUGUGCAGCUUCCUGAUUGGCCUGCUAAUGGUCACAGAGGGUGGCCUGUAUGUGUUUCAGCUGUUUGAUUACUAUGCCUGCAGUGGGAUGACACUCCUGGUCUUUGCUAGUCUCCAGGCCGUCUGUGUUGGGUGGUGUUAUGGUGCGGAACGGCUGUAUGAUAAUAUUGAGGACAUGAUUGGCUAUCGUCCUUGGCCAUUCAUGAAGUACUGUUGGAUGUACAUCACACCUGUCAUAUGCAUAGGUACGCUUGUCUUCUCCCUGGUCAAGUAUACCCCCCUCAAGUUCAACAACACUUAUGAGUACCCCUGGUGGGGCUACGCCAUUGGUGGAUUCUUCACUCUCUCCUCGACGUUACUGGUACCUUUCUGGAUGCUGUACAAGAUGAGUGUCACCGCUGGUUCACUGCGGCAGAGAAUGAAAGUGUUAACCAGUCCAGCAGAGGAUCUACCCAAACCCAUGUCACAGAAGGUGGCCCUCAACCCCUCAGAAGUGUUUCAGAUGUUCACAGAACUUUGCACAUUACGGACACCAAACCAAACCCCUACAGUCGCCAGCUCCCAGCUGAGUGCAGCACCAGUACAGACAGUGUCCAUAAACACCUUGAACUUGGAAACUUAAAAUAACCCAUGGUGUAUUGUGAAACAUUUGUCUCUUUGCACAUAAACUCUGACCCCUGAGACAGGGGUCCGAUGCAAGGUGUCCUACUAUUUUCCCUUUCUGUUUCUCAUGUAUAUGAAAUAAUAUAAGAAAAAUUAAAGACAACAAACACUGCCACAAAUGGGUGUGAAAUUCUCUGAAAGUACACACACAUGCAAGAGCACUGCCCAGUCAGUUAGGGUCACCACUUUAUUUUAAGAUUGUGAAAUGCCAGAGUAAAAGAGAGAAUGAUUUAGCUUUUAUUUAUUUUGUCACGUUCCCAU